CGCACCUUUACUCGCGCGUAAUCUCGACGCACGACUCCAUUUUGAAUUUCUUUGUGCAACCAAACGAUUUUCGAACUAAUUAAGUCGUCACGAGUAACCUGCCUUCAGAAAUGCUCUCGAAAUAUGUCAGGAGAUUAUAUCCUUUUAAGAUUGACAUCGUUAAGUGCGGUAUACACAAAUGCUCGACAAUUUCAGACGUGACGUCGAAAGAAGUGGUUGGAAAACGUACGAAAGUACAGGGAUGGGUACGUACACUGAGAAAGAUGAAGGAUUAUGUCUUUGUUGACAUUUCCGACGGAUCGACUUGUGAAAUGUUACAAGUUGUUAUACCAAAAUCCCUUAAAAUUGCAAAUUUGACUUAUGGAAGUAGCAUCAGUGCAGAAGGAGAACUAUCUCUAGCUCCUAAUGGUAAAACUGAGCUACGUGCAGUUGAUAUUCGCGUGAUAGGCACGUGCAAUGUUCUGGAGGAUCAAUAUCCUUUUGCUCCAAGAAAAAAGUACGAUCAAGAAUAUAUCAGACAGUAUUUGCACUUAAGACCAAGAACACGAAACUUUGGCAGUUUAUUGAGAUUGCGCGAUCUUGCUACUGCUGUAAUUGGUGAUCAUUUAAGAAAUAGGGGAUUUAUAAAUAUACACACACCAAUAUUGACAUCUAAUGAUUGUGAAGGUGCGGGAGAAGUGUUUUCAGUCAAUGCAUACUCUGAAGAGAUCCUUAAAAGCAUGAAAAAGGAAGGCCAGUCCAAAGAUGAGAUUUAUUUUGAUAAAAUUACUUAUCUUACUGUUUCUGGACAGUUGCAUUUAGAAACGGUAGCAAGAGCUCUCACAAGAGUGUAUACUUUUGGGCCUACAUUCAGGGCAGAAAAUAGCAAAUCAAGAUUACAUUUAUCAGAAUUUUAUAUGUUAGAGACAGAAGUAGCUUUUGUUACAAGUGUUGAAGAGUUGACAGAAGAAAUUGAGCUCUUAGUAAAAGAAGUUACUAAACAAAUGAUUGAGAAGGGAGCCUCAGAUUGGCAAUCAAUGGGUGUUCCUGAACCACAAUGGUUGAAUAAGAGAUUUGGAUGUUUAAUGUAUGAUGAAGCAUUUAAUGUGCUAACUGACCAUGCAAAUCAAUUAGAUGACCCUAUCAAAUAUGGAGAGGUAUUCUCAAAAAAACAUGAAUUAUUUUUAGUACAAUAUAACGGUGGAGUACCAAUCUUUGUCAUAAAUUGGCCAAGAAACAAUAAGCCUUUUUAUAUGAAAGAGUGUAUAGAUGAUCCAUCUAAGGUAGCAGCACUGGAUCUUCUGGCACCAGAUGUGGGAGAAUUGGUAGGAGGCAGUAUUCGCGAAGAUGAUUAUGAGAAAUUAAAGCUAAAACUACCUACCACGGGGAAUCUUUCAUGGUAUUUAGAUUUACGUAAAUACGGAAACGUACCGACGGGCGGUUUUGGAAUGGGAUUCGAAAGAUUUUUACAAUGUGUUCUGGGGAUCCAAAAUAUUAAGGACACUAUGCCUUUCCCCAGAUGGCCUCAUAAUUGCAGUCUAUGAAUAAAGAUUUCAGAUAAAAAGACAAUGUGACGAAUUUUCAGAAGUUUUUAUGCUACUUUAGAGAAAAUGUACAUAUGUGUAUGCACACCUUUCUCAAAAUAAUUACUCAAAAUGAAUAUACUACACGUAUAACAUGACACAAUUGUAGGGAAUGAUGAAAUUGCUUUAAAAAAAUCGUUUUAUCAAAAGUAUCUCCCAUUUUCAUGGGUAAUAUUAACUCUUCUCUUUUCUACUUUUAUUCAAAUUUUUAUUAGUAUAUACUUGUUUAUUUGAAAAAUGAAAUAUUUUUCGAUUCUAAUUCUUAAUUCUAUAUAUUUUAACAUAUGAUAAAACAUCAAAAUUAUCUAAAUUACUGAAGAGACUAUUGGUUUCGGGUAAAAUUAUACUAUAACAAAUAAUUCUAUAACGAUAACUCUUUAUUGAAUAUUAAAGAAGAGAAUUACAUGUAAUACUAACUAUUAUAAUUAGACAAAAUAACUAAGAUUAAUAUAAAAUCACAAUACGAAGAGAAAAGUCAAUUAAGAAGAAUUGUACUUAUAACAAAUGUAUACUUAUAACUGCGAAAAUAUAUUUAAAAAAUAUGAUAA